CGGAAGUGACGGGUUCUGUCAACAUGGCCAGCUCAGCCAGUUACCAGGGGGACAGGAGCUCUUCACUGACUAUGGAGCAGAUCCGAUCCCUGACCGACCUGCAUGAGCUGGAGGAGGCCUACGAGCGGCUGUGUGCUGAGGAGAAAGAAGUGGAGGUGAAGCUGGAGGUGUUGCUCGGACAGCAGGGGGCGGUGGAGAAGAAGAUGCUGGCGCUGCAGAGGAUGGGGCCUAACCUGCAGCUCAUAGAGGGAGACGCUCAGCAGCUUUCCGGGAUGAUUACAUUUACCUGUAACCUGGCCGAGAACGUCAGCAGCAAAGUCCGACAGCUGGACCUCGCCAAGAGCCGCCUCUACCAAGCCAUACAGCGAGCAGACGACAUCCUGGACCUGAAGUUCUGCAUGGACGGGGUGCAGACCGCCCUGAAGAAUGAGGACUACGAGCAGGCCGCCGCCCACAUACACCGAUACCUGUGUCUGGACAAGUCCGUCAUUGAGCUGAGCCGGCAGGGGAAUGAAGGCAGCAUGAUCGAAGCCAAUCUUCAGCACCUCCAGGAGGCCGAGCAGCAGCUGAAGGUUCUGGUCACAGAGAAGUUUGACGCCGCAACCAAAGCCGGAGACCUGCCGCAGGUGGAGAGGUUCUUUAAGAUCUUUCCACUGCUCGGACUGCACGAGGAGGGAAUCAGCAAGUUCUCUGCGUACCUGUGCCGCCAGGUGGGCAAGAAAGCUGAAGAGAACCUGUCCCUGGCCCUGAGCUCUGAAAGCCACGAGAGGAGAGCGGCACUUCUAUUUUCAGACACGCUCACACUGCUUUUUGAAGGUAUUGCUCGGAUAGUGGAGACUCACCAACCUAUACUGGAAACGUACUACGGCCCCGGGAGGCUGUACAUGCUCAUCAAACAUCUGCAGGCCGAGUGUGACCGGCAGGUGGAGAGAAUCGUAGACAAGUUCAGCCAACAGAGAGAUUAUCAGAGGAAGUUCCAGCAGGUGCAGAACAGUAUGAUCCGAUCCUCCUCCAGUGAGAAGAUUGAGCCCAGGUCAGUGCGUCUUAUGCGCUGUCAGUGUGAUAUACACAGCAGGGGGGUCCGGCAUUACAACAGCCUCCAAUCGCAUGACAGACAUGAUAUCCAUGGCUCCGCCCCCCUCCCUGACUCCUCCUCUUCUGUCCCUGCAGAACAUCAGCAGAGCCUGGACCAGCUGCUGAACCUGAGUCUGCUGCGACGCACCAUGCAGGAGCUGAUCGGCUAUUACAUCACCAUGGAGGAAUACUACAUGAGGGAGUCCGUCAACAAGGUAACCGGGGUGACUAAGGCUCAGCAAAUCCCCGGGCGCCAGGACGCCAACGCCACCAGAAAUUGCGUCCUGGCGCCUGGGCAUUUGUCAGCCCGCUCGCUGCGCGUACGUUUCUGUCGCCGCAAUAACUGCGCCCCGUUCUCUCCGCGCUGCAGACUCGGGCUGUCCGUGUUUUCUCCUUACAGGCUGGAACCGGGGACUGCGUCAGAGGGGCCCAUUGCAGUCUAUACGGAGAAACCGCUGACCGUCU